AUGGAAACUGAGCCACCUGUUAGCACACCAGCUGUGACCAAGUCUGCUGAUACCUUGUUAGAGGCAGCACUGGCCGCAGCAAAUGCAGCAGGAGACAUGGACUGGUCAUCUGAAGAUGGUGUCAAGCUCACCUUUGAUAUUAUCACGGCCAUUGAGGCUGAUGAGGACGCCAAAAACGCACUGUUCCCAGGACACGGGUCCAAUCCUCGCACUGGCGGCAAGAGCAAGACCAACUUCCACCGGAGCCUGGCUGUCACCGUUGAUAGGCUGGCUACCAGACGCACUCUGCACCAGCUCUUGUAUUGUGUCACGGUUGACAGUGUUGCGCUCAGUAGGGCUUAA